UGGCAGGAACUUCCUAGCUCAUUAGGCGAAAUAAAAGUUUGUCUUAAUUUAGUAGAAUGUGUCAUAAUUGGAAUAUUGUAAUCUAUUGCUUGCUAUCGUGACGCCUGAAGAAUUUUGAUGUCUUGUAUAUUAUUGUAGCGGAUCAGUUGAAGAUUUGGAUGACACUUGUCUGAAGGUUACACAACUGCCCAGAGGCCACAUAUCAAAUAUGGCCGAGGGUCAGGAGGUUGCUACGACGACAACCAAUGGCGAUGUUUUUCGUGUGGAGGAACGUCCUGAACAUGGCAUGAAAAUUCUUCAAGGGCUAAAUAAGCUUAAACAUGACAAAAUAUUAUGUGAUGUCACUCUCAUUGCUGAAGGUAGCAAAUUUGAUGUGCAUCGUGUCAUUCUCGUCUCAUGUUCAGACUAUUUCCGAUCGAUGUUCACCAGUGGAAUGCGAGAGAGCACCCAGAAAGAAAUAGAACUCAAAGGAAUUACGUCAAAAGGUUUAGAGAAAGUCUUGGAAGUGAUAUACACGUCUACGACCACUCUGGAAGGUGAUGACAUCUUUGACGUGAUUGCCGCAGCAACUCAUUUACAAGUGACGCCUGUGAUCGAGUUCUGCGAGCGGAACUUCCUCAGUGGCAUGACCACGACCAACUUUUAUGACUUCAUAAACACGGCAAAACUCUACAGUAUGAACAAUGCCUUGAAGCAGAUAGAUGUAUUCAUAGCACAAAAUCUCAUGCAGAUUGCAAAAGAGGGAACACUACAGCUUCUGACUUACGAGCAGAUGCUGAACUGUCUGAACAGUGAGAAACUGUGCCUGCGUGAGAUUGACAUCUUUCGAAUCACGUGGGAGUGGCUAAAGCAGGUUGUCAUUCAGGAAGACCAUUCUCCGGCGCUGAUGAAGCUGAUCCGCUUCCCGCUGAUCAACCCCACCGACUUGGUUCAACACGUGCAGCGUGUUGACACAAUGAUGUCGAACCCCGAACUACGGCAGAUGGUCCUCGGCGCGCUCAACUACCACGUCGUUCCACACUCUCAGCCCCUCGUCAUGUCUUACAGUGUUCAGUUGCGGUCAUUCGUGGAUCGACUUCUCAGUGUGGGAGGGCGGGAGAUUCAUCCCAAUCCCUGCCUGCAUGACGAAAUUCUGAUAUUCGAUUCCAAAAUAACGGCAAACAGUUUGUUAAACAGACAGGAGGUUGCCACCUUGCCGAGUGCUUUGAGUCAUAUGCAGGUUGUGGUGUACAACAACUUCCUGUACGUUUUAGGGGGUUGCACGACGCAGUGUGCCCAUGGCGAGUCGGCUGUUAAUUCUGUUCUCCGAUAUGAUCCACGGUUCGAUAACUGGUUUCAGGUGUGUCCGAUGUUGAACAAGAGAGCUUAUUUCUUCGCCGGGGUGUUAAACAACAAGGUGUAUUCUGUGGGCGGGAAGUUCAAGGACGGGAGCCUGGCCACUGCGGAGGCCUAUGACCCCGCUCAGAACACUUGGGAACUGAUAGCAUCCAUGCCCAUGUCGUAUCACGCACAUGCCGGGGCAGUGUAUAGCAACCAUAUAUAUAUCUCUGGUGGCUACAGUGGCAACCACUUCACGCCCGAUAUGCAGCGGUACGAUCCUCAGACGAACCAGUGGGAGGACAUGGCCCCGAUGCUGACCCCGCGAGGCUGGCACGUGAUGUGUGCAACGCACGAAAGACUGUUUGUGUUUGGUGGCUGCAACCUUAACGUCAACCAGCAGGCCCAGCCCGUGAUGCAGUCUGAGUGUUACGAUCCCACGAUGGACCAGUGGACAAUCAUAGCGCCUCUGUCGAUAUCUCACAAAGAGGCGUCGUGCGUCGUCUACCACGACCAUAUAUACGUCCUGGGGGGUUACAACGUGCAGACAAAGACUGGGCAGAAACUCGUCUCAAAGUACGACAUCUACACGGGCAUUUGGGAAACGGUAGGGGCUCUGCCUCGCAGUUUGACUGGGGUGGGAUAUUGCACGUUGAAGCUUCCUUCGUACAAUGUGGACGAGAGAGAUUAACAUAAUACACACAACACUGGUGGCUCACUCUUAGUAUAAAAUAAAUGUAGUGACGUGUACAUACGUGUUGACACUGACUAGGAAGUCCACACAUUGUCUUAACAGUGAAUUUGGUGUUUCGAUAAUGGAAUUUUGAUUGCUUGCUUUGCCCUAUUCUGUGUUAGGGCAUGGUAAACCCUCAUCAUGUUGUGUUGAUUUCAGAGCCACUUUCUUUUAAAGUGUGUGGAUACCUUCUGAUGAAGUGUUUCAGUCACAUACAACACAUAUAAACUUUGCUUUUGAAGAAAUAAAUCCAAAACCAAACCUUA